UAUAAGAAAUAUGACUUUUUUUUAUUUUUGUAAUUUCCAGAUGAACUUAUGCACAAAACCUUUAUAACGUAUGGCCCAAUCCAGGAAAUAAGAGUGUUCAAAGAUAAAGGUUAUGCAUUUAUUAGGUUUGCCACCAAAGAAGCAGCAACACAUGCUAUAGUUGGCACUCACAACUUGGAAAUCAAUGGUCAAAUAGUCAAGUGUUCUUGGGGAAAAGAAACUGGAGACCCAAUUAAUCAACAACAAACACAGAAUGUGACAACCCCUUACACCUACCCCUACCAACAGAUAAGCUACUGGUACCCUCAAGGCUAUCCUCCAGUGCAGGGACAGUUUGUUCAGGGCAUGAAUUAUCCUUAUGGCCAGUACUAUGGACAAGGAUAUGGCUUGGGAAUGCAAAUGGCUUGGCAGGGAAUUCCAGGACAACCCCAGAUGGCUGCAGCAGUUGCUCAAAGCCCCAUGGGACAAGGCCUGCAACAGCCAAGUGUUAUUGGUGCCUACCCUAUGCAACAGUAUCAGGCUCAGAAUCUUGAACAGAGUCAGCAGCAGAUGGUGACAGAAUUUCAGUCUGAGGCAUCAAGGGCAGGAGAUGUAGAGAUGUUCGGUGAAACUUCUGCUAUGGUUUGAUCAUAAAUACAGGACUUUUAGAAAAUAUUAUUGUAUCAUAUAUAGAUGAUGCAAAAGAUGAGCACCAUCUUUUCAAUAUAAAUAAAAAGGUAUAUCAUGUUA